AUGGGAUCUGCACCAUUGUACAAUUUCCCCCCGUUUUUGGGCCCCUCUGAUACCCAGUCGCACAGUCACUCCUCUAUAUAUACCCCCACCAUCUCCCUACUACCUACUACAUCUCAUUCCCUCUUCUCUACCCAAAACCCACAACCACCCACCAUGAAGAUAACGAGCUUUGCCAUGCUUAUCUUUGCCUCGUGCAUCGUGGCCAAAAACCUCGUCUACUUGGAAAAUCUCGCCGCAGCCUCCAGCGGUGAAGCCAACCAAAAGAGAGCACCCAAGAACGUGGUCGGCAUCCACGAGUUCGUGGAGGGAGUCCUGGAAGACGAAAGCAACUUCAAGCUCGACGAGAGAAAAGUGAUUUUCCACGAUGGAAGUUUUAUCGGCCACAAGGAUAAGAGGCUGAUUCCCCAGAGACCGCUCCAGCCAGUACCCUUGCUUCAGAGCAUUCUCUCGCAGGUGCUGCAAGUGUCCAUCUUUGCGCGCUACGUGCGGGACGACGAGAAGGUUCUAGCCGAACUCGAGGAUCCGGCUGCGUUCACGUUGUUCGUUGCUCCUUCGGACCAGGCCAUUGCUACCUUUUCCACCAGUUAUAGCUUGAAGCCUUGGGAGUUCCCUGAGGCCGUUCCGGGCGACGCAACUGACGAUGAGGUCAUCGGGAGAAAUCUUGAUUCGUUCAUUAGAGCUCACACGUCCCAUGGCGAUCCAAGCAUCCAAUCGGACAACACCCUUUCGGGGACCUUGUUGAACGGUGUCCCAUAUAAGAUCGUGAAACUGGACGUUUCGAGCACCUAUGUCCUCGAGGUCGACGGACAGAAGAUUGCAGUCUCGGACGUGCGCCUGGCAGGCAACGGCAUCGUCUUUGUGAUCGAGAAGGUCUUGGUGUCUGGCAAGAAGUAA